UUUGGGUUUAUCUGUCACUGUUCUUCCAUUUGCUUAUUCUAUGAUAUCCCCCACCAGGCUUCUGUCGCUCAUUCACUACUUCCAUUAUCAAAAACCUUCCACUCGUUAAUAGCACUCUCGUUUCUAGACAAAUCUCAGGAUGGCCCGCCUGAGUCUCUCUUGGGCUCUAUUCUGUGCCUCGUUUCUCUUUUAUACCCUAACAUCCGCCUUUGUGAUCUUCCCGGAAUCCAGCCUCCAAGGCUCCGGAUACUCCGAUGACUGCGUUGAUGCUCUCUCGACCAAUAUCACCGAAUGCUCAAAUGCCGUCUCCGUCCUUGAUGCCAACACCGUGUAUACGCAAGCAGUAUUGGAGUCUUCCUGUACUGAUGACUGCCAGUCGGCGUUGCAAUCUUGGGAGGAAAGCAUCCAGGACUCCUGCAGUGAUGUGACAUACACGGACGAUUACGGGAAGACGGUUCCCAUCUCCGCCAUCGCCACGGAGAGGAGAUUCAACUACAAUCAAACCUGUCUGAUGAAUGAUGGCGAGUACUGCAACCUCGUGUUGGGGAACUUGACCACCGCCUCGGGGAACAGUUCGGCCGGUGACAAAAGCUGCAACAGAUGUGCUCUGUUUAAGCUGCGCGACACGGCUUCCUUCCAGUACGGUGAUGGCCCCUUGGUCUUUUCCAAAGGUAUUUACCAGAGCUACACCUCGUCCUGCCAUUUUACCGGAUAUCCGUUAUCAACGACGCCGACUUUGCUGCCUACAACGUCCUCCCCUGCUGCAUCUUCCACCUCCAACGCCGCACACGCCACCCCAACCUCGACUUGCAAAGGUACCCGGUACAACAUUAAGUCUGGAGAUACGUGCAACUCCAUUGCAUCGUCGCAGGGGGUGGCAACCUGGCAACUUCUCAUGGACAACAACCUCUCCGCUUACUGUGCCAAGUUUCCCAAAACAGGCACGCUGUGUAUCAGAAACAAAUGCGACGUGUACACCGUCAAGGACGGCGAUACAUGUCGCUCAGUGUCGGCUACGCACAAAAUCAGCACGGUCCAACUCCGUGCCUACAAUCCUUGGAUCGAUGCGGGCUGUUACAACUUCAACCGCACCAUCGGCACCCAGAUCUGUGUCAGUGCACCCGGUCAAAAGUAUGUACCUCCUUCCAGGACCACCUCGGCCGCCGAGUCGGGUGCGCCCUCCGCGGCUCCAGUCCCCAGCAACGUCGCGGCCAACACCACCACUCGCUGCGGCCACUACUACGAGACGGCAGCUGGCGAAGAGUGCGACGUCUUCACCAGCAAGUUCAAAGUAUCCCGCCAGGACUUCGGCAUCCUGAACCCAGGUGUCAAUGCGAACUGCACCAAUCUACUUUCCCACACCAGCUACUGCGUCCAACCAGUUGGAGACAUAAACACCUACCCCAACGCCCCCGGCUACAUCGGGCCAACCUCCUCCGUCUCAAAAGUCGCCUACACCAGCCUCCAAGACGCAACCUACUCUCCCAUCUUCGACGUAACCCCUCUCGCUCCGCACACCCGCCAAGACUGCUCCAUGUAUGCAGCCGGAAGCAACCUUCAGUACGAAAAUUACAAGCGCGUCUCCCAGUGCCAGAGCGCUAGCUACUUCUACGGCGUUAGCGUGGACGACCUCAUCCGGUGGAAUCCUUCGCUUCGGAAAAGCAGUGGUAGCAGCAGGAGUAAGAGGGGCACCAGCACUAGCACCACCAGCAGCAGUGGUGGUAGUAGCAGUAGUAGUAGCAGCACCACCAGCAGCAAGCCGUCCAACAGCGCAGAUGCCUGCUCAUUCUCAAAGCACUUCCGGUAUUGUGUGGCUCACCCAGACGCUUCUUCUUCUUCUUCUUCUGCGAGGGCUUCAACAUCUGCAGUCCCGACUACUACGCCGCGGCCGCUGCCAUUGGCUUUCGCUACUGUAAAUUAAGGAAUAAGGAUUGCAUGUGCUGCUGUGCUGUUGCUGGGUUGGGUGUGAGGUUUUCACCUCUAAUUGUAUGUUGUGUACGUGGUUUGUGUGUUAGCUAUAGGCG